AACGAGAGAUGAAGAGGCCUUGAAAGUGAAAUUUGGAAACAGUUGAGUGAAGUGAUCUCCUUUGGUUCAGGAGCCUGAUGGUUGAGGGGUAGUAACUGUCCCUGAACCUGGUGGUGUGGGUCCUGAGGCUCCUGUACCUCCUUCCUGAUGGUUGAGGGGUAGUAACUGUCCCUGAACCUGGUGGUGUGGGUCCUGAGGCUCCUGUACCUUCUCCCUGAUGACAGCAGCCAAAAGAGAGCCUGGCCUGGGUGGUGGGGGUCUCUGAAGGUGGAUGCUGCUUUCUUGUGACGAUGCUUCAUGUAGAUGUGCUCAAUUGUGGGGAGGGCUUUACCUGUGAUGGACUGGGCCAGUAUCCACUAAUUUCUUUUCGUAGGGUUUUCUGUUCAAGGGCAUUGGUGUUUCCAUACCAGGCUGUGAUGCAGCCAGUCAAUAAACUCUCCAGCACACUUAUGUGGAAGUUUAUCAAAGUUUACGAUGUGCUGGAUCUUUGCAAACUUCUAAGGAGGUUGAGGUGUGGUGGAGCUUCAUAAUUGCACUGACGUGCGGGGCAAAGGACAGAUCCUCUGAAAUCACCACACCAAGGGACCCUCUCCACCUCAGAUGAGGACGGACUGAUGGAUCUCUGAUUUCCUGCUGGAGCUCCUUGGUCUUGCUGACAGUGAGUGCUGUGGCACCCCUCCCUCAGCCAGGUUUGCAGUCUACCUGGAGGCGGCGGUGUUGUCAGCAAACUUGUGUGUGGUGUUGGAGCUGCACUUGGGUGUAAAGCAAGUAGAACAGGGGACUAAGCACACAGCUCCGUGUUGCUCCUGAACUGAUGGUGGAGGAGCCAAUCCCAACUGACUGGGGUCUGCAGGUGAGGAAAUGGAGGAUCCAAUUGAAGCCCAGGCCUAAGAGUUUAUUGAUUAGUUUCGAGGGGAUGGUGGUAUUGAAUGCCAUGUUUGCUGACUGGAUGAUGAGUGAAGAGCCAAUGAAAUGACAUCUGCUGUGGACCCGUUGCCAAAUUGGAGCGGAACCAAGUUGCCUCUCAGGCAGGAGCUGGUGUGUUUCAUCACCAAACCCCAUCACUGUGGAUGUAAGUGCUCCUGGACGAUAGCCACCGAGGCGGGCCACCACGUUCUCCGUAGGCCGGUAUAUUUGAUGUAGUGGGGGUACCUCAGACUCAAGGCGACAGGUUAAAGAUGUCCGGCCAGAGAGAGAGACACACACACAAUCCCGAGGGGGUCGCAGCUGAUCAUGGAGACGGGGAGGGCGGGGCUCCUGGAACGCGGUCUGUGGGACGGAGCCGAGCCUGUCUCCAGCGUUCACUUGGCUCCCCCUUCCCGGCCCACGGCAUCAAUGGUGCCUCUGUUCGCCCCCGUUCCGCGGAGGCUCUCUCGCCACUGGAGUUAAAGGGGCCGCCGGAGGGGGGUGGACAGAUUCGGGCCUGGGGUUACGUCGGCCCCGGACGAGACUCCGACUACCCCACUGCCUCCUCCCCCUCCUGCUCCUGAUUCGCCACUCUCCCUCCGGCGGGACAUCCCAGGAAAAGGGCGGUGAUCCCGGCUGGAGCCGAGCGCUGGCGAUCCGUCCGCGAACAGUGGACGCUCCUCUUCGCAAAGUGAACGAAUUCUCCACAAACUUCGGGGAUCCGCAGACUGGGAGACGUUUCAAAAACUCCGGGACGAUCCGCAAACUCGGGGAAUCCACACACGCAGGUUGGCCGGCUCCACAAUGCCGGGAUCGCAGGCGGAGCCGGCGGAUUCUCCGCUCUCCGCGCUCCGCCGGCACGGGGUUUUCCUCAAGUCCCGGCGCGGAAUCAUCCUGGGUGCCGAGAUGGUCCUCCUGUUUCUGUUAUUCGUCUGCUACGCGGCGUCAGACACAGCGUUCCUCACCGCCCCCCUCCUCUUCCUCAUCCUCAACAUCUGCUUCCUCUGCGUCUAUCUCACCCGCUACCACCAAAAGCUGGCUGGCCUCAGCUGGCCCACCACGGACUUUGUGCGAGCUAUCAUCUCAGCCGUCAUCUUCCUCAUUCUCUCCGUCAUCUCAUCUGUUCGGAGUGGAGGGUCAGGAAUGGCAGCGGCUGCAGUUUUUGGAUUCUUUCUGACCGGUGUAUUUAUGUAUGAUGCCUACGAUCUGUACAAGUUAGUGCUCGCUGAACAGACCACUAGCCAGGAACCUGCUGAGGAGAGUGCCUGAGCUCGUCUUCAACCUCCUGGAGACCUGUGUCUGAGGAAGGGCCCAAGCAGGGCAUGUAUGUGAGAAUUCCCCCCCCCCCCAGUCGCCCUUUAUGCUUGCUCUUUUCCCUGAGCCGUCCUCCGGACCGAGCCCUCACUGUAGGAGGUGCUUGUGUGUUAACUUAAGCCUGUCGGCAGCCUCCUACUACCCUGUUUUCCCGUGGCCAGUCUGUCCCGACCACGCCUCGCCACUGACCUCCACAUUGUUUUUUAUCAGUGUUGUAAUAAAGAACCUGUUCUGCCUGUUGUCUCGUGCUUCACUGCUGUCUGCCUCUGUACACACUGGGGCAAGGGGAGGGCAGAGAGAUAAAAUGUAGUGGAUGGAGCGGGCAGUAGGGGGUGAGCUACAUGGACUUGGACAAGGUCUUUCAUGGGAGGCUCACCCUGAAGAUUAAGAUCCACAGUGACAUUGUCGCUUGGAUUCAGAAUUGGCUUGCUCAUGAAAGACGAAGGGUCGUGAUUAAUGGGACUUUUGUUCUGGCCGGAUGACUGUGACCGGCAGGGUUCCGCAAGAAUCCACAUUGGGACCUCUGCCGGCAUGAUGUGGAUGAAAGUAUGCGUAGGUGAUUAGUAAGGUUGCAGUCAUUACAGUGCUUGCCAGUUUUGGACAGUCAACGCAAUGAUGGCCUGAGUUCUGCACAGUCAAUACAAUGAAUGCCAAUUUUGGACAGUGUAGAAAUCUGCCAAAGGAUUUGGCAGGUUACAGAUAGGUAUGGAGAAAUGGCAGAUGGAGUUAAAAGCAGGCCAGUGUGAGGCAUUGCACUUCGGGGGAUCAAAUGUAAAGAGACAGAACACAUUUAAUGGCUGGACCCUUAACAGUGUCGGCAUACAGAGGGAUCUUGGGGUCCAAGACCAUUGCUCAGCCCUGGGACCAGAACUGAAUGUGUCCUAACAAGAGUAUUAAAGAGCUGCAACACAAACUCAAAGCCUAGACUAAUGAAGGCGAGUAUUACAUCUUCCUUUCCACCUUAUCAACCUGUUCAGGCACUUGCACUUGAACCCAUGGGUCCCUCUGUAUACCCGACGUCUCAGUGGUACUGAAGCCAGAUCGUUGACCGUUGUUGGGUCACUGGCCCAGUCCCCUGGUGAAGGUGGAAGCUACCCGGUGGUUACAACAUGACAUGAUACAGCAGUUUGAAUGUGCGUGAUUGCAAGGACCUGCAACCUUUCGAUAUGGGAGGUUUUGUCUCAAGAAGGCAGCAUCCAUCAUCGAAGAUCCUCACCAUCUGGGCCAUGCCACCUUCUCAAGAGUUGCCAUCGGGCAGGAGGUGCAAACCACUCCACCGGGCUCAGAAACAGUUACUUCCUUCAGUCAUUCGGUUCUUCAACCAAUCUACACAUCGAUCACAACCUCAGUUCAUAUGAUGGGCUGUGCUUUUGUAGAGUUUAUGUUUAAUUGAUGAGGUGCUUGUGAACGUUGUGCCCUGAUGCUGCAACAAGUGAAUUUCACAGUGACACUGAUUCCCACCCCCUCCUUGAAUUACCCAUUCCAACUCGCCUUCCCUGUGCCCCACUGUCCUGAGAGUCCGCUCUGGAAUUAACCUGUAAACCAGCUGCCCUCCCUAUAUCCCAUCCACCCCCAAAACGUACCUGCCCUGGA